UCAUUUACAUAACGUGUCGCAGAAAGAUUGCUAUCUUCCUUAUCUUUUCAAGCACCAUAGUUAGGGCAUUUGCAUGUUUAAAAUUGCACGCAAACACUUUACAAAUGAAUUGUGAUUAAUGACAUCCAAACAAAAGGGCACGCUUCUGAAGUGAUUCAAAUAAGUAAUCUCAGCAGUUUAGAAAGACAACAUCAGGAUGGCUCAACGCGCACCUAACAAAAGUCUGCUCUCCAAAAUGGUGAACAGCUUGAAGAGCAAGGAGUUUCGGGAUUAUUUAAUGAGCACACACUUUUGGGGGCCAGUAGCUAACUGGGGAAUACCACUUGCAGCAAUUGCAGAUUUCAAAAAAGAUCCGAAAUUCAUCUCAGGGAAAAUGACUCUUGCCCUUACACUCUACUCGUGCGUGUUCAUGCGAUUCGCUUGGAAAGUACAACCAAGAAAUAUGCUUCUAUUCGCUUGCCAUUUAACAAAUUCCACUGCUCAAACUGUGCAAGGAAUGCGCUUCAUCAACUAUCAAUACCUGGAGAAAAAGGAGACCGCGUAAAAGACAUUUGGAGAAAUAAAGUACUGGUGCUUCAUCCAUGAGCCGCCGUAAUAUUAAAGUAAUACGCAGUUAUAUGUAAAUUCGAAUGUUCAAAAUUUAGCGCAAAUUAAACGGAAAGAAGACUAAGAAAUGUGGCUCACGCACUUAAUUAAAGCACAAAUUAUUAACUUUACUCUCUUGUCCUACAAACUGCCGCGUAUUUGAAAUUUACAAGCACAGCUGUGUUCCGUGACACUGGUGUUCGUGUAAAUAAUUUUAUAAUUUUUGUUGGAUAUGCUAAUUUGUGUAUGUAUAUUUAAAAGGGCGAUUGUGCAAUUAUCAAGAACUAAUGAUCAGUUAAUGAGCAUUAUGUUUGUAAAGAAAAAUACAUACCAUUUCAUUCGUAAUCUAUAAAUUUUCGGAUUUUUAUCAGAUUACUGAGAGCGAGAAUUUGUAAUAAUGAGAAAGAAACAACAAAUCAAAAGGUAUUUCGAAUUUAAACAAAUAAACCGAACUAUUUUUCUGUAA